UAAAGUCUGAAUCCGUUGGUACUAUGUGUAGCAUUCGUUUGUUACUUCCUAUUGUGGUAUGCCGAGGGGCCAAAUCAGCCCCAAAUCAAAUACCCACAACACGUAUAUGCCAUGUGCCUGGAAACAGUGUAGUUGCGUGUAAUGCUGUUUUGGUUUUUCGUGUUCAUGUGAGGUUGUGGUGAGCGAUGUUUGCGAAGUAUGACUUUGAUCAUGUAAGGGAAGAAUUUUACUGUUUUAGAAAGUGAGGUGUAAAAACUCAUAAAAUGUAUUCCGUCAAAUUUCGCUAUGUGCACUUUCCAAGGCAAUUGGUGUACUCUUUAGCUUUUCGACACGUUAGUGGAAAUAGCUUUUAUGAAAAUUCAAACGAGAAAAUUUUGAAAGUUGCAAUAAUAGGUCCACCUAACGCCGGUAAAAGCACGUUAGUUAACGCUUUAGUUGGUAGACGGGUGUGCUCAGCAUCAAAAAAGGUGCAUACAACCCGACAUAACAUUAAAGCUAUAACUGUCGAUGGUUCCACUCAGUUAGUUUUCUUAGAUACACCGGGUAUUGUAACAGGUCAUGAAAUGCAAAGACAUAGAUUAGAGAAGGCUUUUAUCUCUAAUCCAGAAGAAGCAAUGUUAGAAGCUGAUGUCAUUGGUGUUGUUCAUGAUGUUUCCAACAAGUGGACUGCUCAACACCUGGACCAUAGAACAUUGAGGUUGCUGGAAUUACAUUCAGAUAAAAAUUCUAUUUUAAUUCUAAACAAGAUAGAUGCACUUCAUAAAAAAUACAAAUUACUUGAGCUCAUAAACAUUCUGACAAACAAGUCUGUAAAAUCAUCAUGCCCAGUUGAGAAACCUAAAGUAACUAAAUUAUCUGAAAUCUCAGUCAUGAAGAUGGUGAAAGACCAGCGUGGUUGGUCUGAAUUUAAUGAAGUGUUUAUGGUUUCAUCAUUGACUGGAAGUGGCCUAGGCGAUGUAAAGGAAUACCUUCUACAGCAAGCAAAACUUGGUCCUUGGAUUUACAAACCUGGACAGUUUACUGAUGAAUCUCCAGAAGACCUAAUUUUACAGACUGUUCAGUCUAGAUUACUGGAAUACUUACCACAGGAAAUUCCUUAUAUUUUGGAACCAGAAAUGGAAUUCUUCAAGAUUCAUCCUGAUGGAAGAAUAGUGUCUGUUGUAUUAGUGAACUGCCCAUCACCUCACUUGGAGAAGCUGGUCAUGGGGCCAAAAGGUAAAAGAAUAAAACUUAUAGCCCAAGAAGCUGAACAGGAUAUUAGAAACACUUUCCAUGAAAAUGUGUAUCUAAAAUUAGUAGUUACUGGUCAUCCAAAUAAGAAUGUAAGAUAAUUUAUAAUAUGUUAGACAAUGUCAACAAAUUUUAAUGUGGGUUUUGCAAAAAUCUUUUAUUUCCAAAUGUCCAUUUCAAUUUCGAGGUUAUUCUUAUUAGGUGUAUCAAAACAUAAAUUAGAAGCUUCAUUCCUAUUGUCUGGCAGGUAUAUCUGAUGAAAUUACACCUUUCUGGAAAGUUUGUUCUUUAUCUUUUGCUUCUGAAGAAAUUACCAUUUCUGGGAAGUGAAGGUCUGAAUUCUGAAGGUGUUUGUUGAUCCAUGCAUUUGCUCGGACAAGAAGUUGUAAAUCAAAUAAAUCAUUGUAUGAUCCAUUCUUACCUGAAAAUUUUGUACAUAUUAAUCAUUUUUACUCCAUUGUUUAUUUAAACAGUUGUACCUAAACAUAAAUAAAGUAUCUAUUUUGGAAAAAUUGAAUGUUUUUUGUUAAUAAAAUAUUUCUCUU